AUGCCAGCAUGGAUAUGCAACAUUUUUGGUCAGAAUGGAAUAUCUGGCUAUACAACUACAUGUGGUCUGCGAUCACCCCGCAGGCCAAAUCUCACUUUAUUAUACCCAAGAAGUCCCAACUAUCUGCUUAUUCUCUAUGAUCUGUCAUAGAGGAUAAUUUCGCUGAGAGGCCUGCUGUCCGCAGAACUCGCCUGUUCCAAGAAUUGAUUGAGAUGACAUCAAAAUCAAAGGGUUCUGAUCACACAUUUAUCGAACGUUUAAUCGCAAUCAGGACUGAUUAUAUCCGAUUGGGAUAUAAUGUCAAAGAUUUCAUGUUUUUCAACAGACUUCUUACAGGGGUUAGUAAAGGUUGGUCGUCUUUUAUAAAGAAUCGAAUGGAUGCAAUAGAGAAGGAUGAGAAUGCUAGAACACUCGAAGAUGAUUUCAUGAGAUUGUGUCAAGAUAUUCUCCUACAAUUGCCAGCUACUGGCAAACCUCCCACCUCCGAUGGAAAGACCCCUGCAAAUAACGCCCAAGACAAGGAUAAGAAAGGCAAGGACAAAGACAAUGACAAGGACAAGGACACUGAAUCCAAACCUGAACAUAGGGGUAAUGACGCGAGGACAUGCUACCAUUGUCAAAAAAAAUACCCUGAGAAACAUCCUUCAAACUCCAAUACAAAUAGGGACAAGGAUAAAGACAAGGAUGCGGAGAAUACAGAUGCUGCUCCUGUUCACAAUGUCAUGAAGCAAGUAUUUUGCAUCAAAGAAAAGGCCUAUGCGAGUGACCAGACAGGAAAAGAUACCUGGAUCCUAGACUCUGGAUCGGGCGCCCAUGCCACACCCCACAGGGAUCUUGUCGUGGCAAAACCUCAGAAGGUGAAAGUGAUGUUGGAAAUGGCAGACGGAACGGUAGUCCCAGCUAUGGCUAUAGGGGAUACCAAGAUACCUGUUGAAGGAGCGGAUAUGCUGCUAAGCAGCGUCCGUUACAUUCCAAAAUUGGAAGUGAACCUUAUGAGCAUGGGUAAGCUCAUACAUCAAGGUUAUACCUUCAAACAACUGACAUAUGGAAAUAAUCACACCAUAUUGCUUAUGUCUCCUGAUAGGAUGUUCUCAUUUACUGCAAGAUUGAAUGACAGGGAUAUCUAUGAGAUAGAAAAGCCAGUCACACACAGAGACUUGAUCCGAUUCGCUAUGCCCAAUGGUGAUUUUGAACCUGUGAAUACACUGCGGACAAAGGCUAGGGCAUCUGAAUCCCGCGGAUAUCACGAAAAUGGCGGCGGAUCCACGCCUGGGAAUGAGGAUUAUAGGUCAACGAGCUUUACCGUUUUGCAAGGUCUGUGUCCAAGCAAAAAUGACACGUCCAACCUUCGCACCUAUGACACGAGCUGUCAAGCCGGCAAUGAGAUUCUUCAUCGAUCUGGCAGGGGGUGGAAAAACACUUUUCGACGGGAAUGACACCCCCACUAGGGGGGGUGCAAGUUAUUGGUUGGGUAUAACAGACGAUGCAACCUGUUUAUAUGACGCCGGGUUGAUGGAUCGCGAUUUGGUUGAAAAAGGGGAAAUCAUGAUGGAACAUGUUGGUUCUACAGCGAACAUAGCUGACGGGCUCACCAAGCCACUGGCGAAGCCUGCAUUUGAAGAAUUUGUCAAGAGGGUUGGCAUUCAGGAAAUUGAGAAGAAGGAAUGAUUGAAUGGUAAUGAUGAUACGGCGGAUCAAUGGAUUUUGCAUGUAUUUCUUGAUUUUUACGGUUAUUGCCGUACGGACGCCUUUCCUAAUGAGGAAAUCAGGGUCCGAUUCAUGUAAUUAAUUAUUAUUGCAUUUUUGAAAGAUUUGAGGAUGGGGGAGGCCCCGGGUGGCGGCUUAUUAUAGGCCACGGUGUAGCAAGGGGGGGUGUUGGUGAUUACUACACCUACCCUAGUCACGUGCCACCUCAACCUAUUCAUUUAGUUGUAACUCGCGUAGUUAGAUUACAACACAACACAACAACGUUAUCC